UUAGAAUCGCUGAUUAAAAUUCUUGCAAGGGGCUUCUGUUUAGAAAAGUUUACUUUUUUGCGUGAUCCUUGGAAUUGGCUGGAUUUCAGUGUCAUCUUGCUAGCGUAUGUAACAGAAUUUGUAAACCUAGGCAAUGUUUCACCUCUGCGAACUUUCAGAGUAUUAAGAGCCCUGAAAACUAUUUCUGUAAUUCCAGGCCUGAAGACCAUUGUGGGUGCCCUGAUUCAGUCGGUUAAGAAGCUUUCGGAUGUGAUGAUUCUCACGGUGUUUUGUCUGAGUGUGUUUGCGCUGAUUGGACUGCAGCUAUUCAUGGGACACCUACGAAAUAAAUGCAUGCACCUGCCAUCAGAUUUACCUCUUAAUAUAAGCCUUGAAGAAUAUGCAAAAGAUGAAAGUUUGUUUUAUAAAAUUGAAGGUCAGAAGGAUCCUGUACUUUGUGGCAAUAGCACAGAUACCGGUCAGUGCCCGGAAGGGUACAGAUGUGUGAAAGUGGGAAGAAACCCAGAUUAUGGAUAUACAAGCUUUGACACUUUUGGCUGGGCAUUUUUAUCGCUGUUUAGACUGAUGACGCAGGACUCCUGGGAGAACCUGUAUAUGAAGACCCUUCGAGCUUCUGGUAAGACCUACAUGAUCUUUUUUGUGCUGGUGAUCUUUUUGGGGUCUUUUUAUCUGGUCAAUCUGAUCCUAGCUGUGGUAGCCAUGGCUUAUGAGGAACAAAAUCAGGCAACAUUGGAAGAAGCAGAACAGAAAGCUGCAGAGUUUCAGAAGAUGAUGGAACAGCUGAAAAAGCAACAAGAAGAAGCUCAGGCUGUAGCGGCGGCAGCUGAGACAAUGGGAGAGUCCCAGGUCCUAAGUGAAGAAUGUGAACUGGACGAUUCUUCAGAGACCUCUUCUACAAUAUCAAAGCUAAGUUCUAAGAGUGCCAAAGAUAGGAAGAACUGGAAGACCCAAAGAGAAAAUGUAGAGCAGUGUGCUGAGGAUAAGGAGAAAAGAGAUGAAGAGAAAUAUUAUAUAUCUGCAUCUGAAGACAGUGCAAAGAGGAAAGACUAUCACUGUAACAGGGAAGGCCAUCAGUUAGAGUAUUAUAGGAAGGCAUCGUCCCCGAGAGAGUCACAGUUAAGUGUUCGUGGCCCCCUGUUUACCCCUAGACGUAAUAGCAGAGUUAGCAUUUUCAGUUUCAGAGAUCCCGCUAGGGAUGUGGGGUCAGAGAAUGAUUUUGCUGAUGAUGAACACAGCACAUUUGAAGAUAAUGAAAAGGAUUCUGUAUCUCUGCCGGGUAGACACGGAGACCGGCGUAACAGCAACACGAGCUUGACGAGUCGAUCGCCUAGGAUUCUGCCUUUACUUUCUAUGAAUGGUAAAAUGCACAGUACAGUGGACUGCAAUGGAGUGGUCUCCUUGGUUAGCGGGUCUGGUGCCCCUGCGGGACUCUAUCCUGAGGGCACCACCACAGAGACGGAUGUAAACAGAAGAAGACCAAGUUCAUACAAAAUCUCCAUGGACUUGCUGGAGGACCCAUCUGCUAGACAAAGGGCUCUCAGUAUUGCUACAAUUUUGACAAAUACAAUGGAAGAACUGGAAGAAUCGAGACAACAGAAGUGUCCUCCUUGCUGGUACAAAUUCGCAAAGUGCCUUUUAAUUUGGGACUGUUGUGGCCCGUGGCUGAAAAUUAAAGACAUAGUAAAGUUGAUUGUGAUGGAUCCUUUUGUGGACCUCGCUAUUACCAUCUGCAUUGUGCUGAACACCAUAUUUAUGGCAAUGGAGCAUGCCCACAUGACCAAGGAAUUCAUAAAUGUGCUUUCGGUUGGAAAUCUGGUUUUUACAGGAAUUUUUACAGCUGAAAUGGUUUUUAAGCUCAUUGCACUGCAUCCAUACUAUUACUUCCAGGAAGGCUGGAAUAUCUUUGAUGGGUUUAUUGUGAGUCUUAGUUUAAUGGAACUUGGGCUUUCAACAACAGGAGGAUUCACUGUUCUACGAUCCUUUAGGCUGCUCAGAGUCUUCAAGUUGGCAAAAUCAUGGCCUACACUCAACAAGCUGAUCAAGAUCAUUGGUAACUCUGUGGGAGCUCUGGGAAACCUAACCCUGGUGUUGGCCAUCAUUGUGUUUAUUUUUGCCGUGGUUGGCAUGCAGCUAUUUGGCAAAAACUACAAGGAGUGUGUCUGUAAGAUCUCAUUGGACUGUGAGCUUCCACGCUGGCACAUGAAUGACUUCUUCCAUUCCUUCCUGAUUGUGUUCCGAGUACUGUGCGGAGAAUGGAUCGACACUAUGUGGGACUGUAUGGAGGUGGCUGGACAGUCUUUGUGCAUAUUGGUGUUCAUGUUAGUAAUGGUGAUCGGAAAAUCUUGUGUGCUGAAUUUGUUCUUGGCCUUACUCCUAAGCUCUUUCAGCUCUGACAAUCUUUCAGCCACGGAUGAUGAUGGUGAAAUGAAUAAUCUCCAGGUUGCAGUGGGCAGGAUCCAGAGGGGUAUGUCCUACAUUAGGAGAUGCCUAGGAGAUUUUUUUCAGAAAUUGUUUUUGAGAGCUAAAAAAGAUGCGGAUGACACAAAACAGCUGGAAGAGUUGAGAAUUAAACGCGAUAAUGGUGUUUACAGCAAUAUUGUUGUGCAGAAUAUCAAAGGACAAGAUUACUAUCGAGAAGCAAGCGGGACAACCAGUGGGAUAGGCAGCAGUGUGGAGAAGUAUGGAGGUGAUGAGAAGGACUGUAUGGCUGUUAGUAACCAACAGUGCCUCACUGUAGCAGUGCCUAUUGCAGCCGGAGAGUCGGACUUUGAUAACCCAAACACAGAAGAUUUCAGUAGUGAAUCUGACCCUGAAGAGAGUAAAGAGAAGGUAAAGCUUUUCAGCUCCUCAGAGGGUAGCACGAUAGACAUCAGACCACCAGGAAUGGAAGGAGAAGAUGAUUACUUGGGUUACGACUAUGAGGAGACACUUGAUCCAGAGCUAUGCUUCACAGAUGGCUGCGUGGAGAAAUGUGCAUGCUGCCGGAUCAACAUUGAAGAGGGGAGAGGAAAAAACUGGUGGAACCUCAGGAAAACCUGCUACCUUAUUGUGGAACACAGCUGGUUUGAAUCAUUUAUAAUCCUCAUGAUUCUUCUUAGCAGCGGGGCCUUGGCUUUUGAGGAUAUUAAUAUUGAGAAGCAUAAAACUAUGAAGACUGUGUUGGAGUAUGCUGACAAAGUUUUUACCUACGUCUUUAUAGCAGAAAUGCUUUUGAAAUGGGUCGCCUAUGGAUUUGUCACAUAUUUCACGAAUGCCUGGUGCUGGUUGGAUUUCCUGAUUGUGGAUAUAUCUUUGGUGAGCCUUAUAGCCAAUGCCUUGGGGUACUCAGAAUUAGGAGCUAUAAAGUCACUUAGAACACUGCGGGCACUGAGACCCCUGAGGGCCCUGUCACGGUUUGAAGGCAUGAGGGUGGUUGUGAAUGCUUUAAUUGGUGCCAUACCUUCCAUCAUGAAUGUGCUUCUGGUCUGCCUUAUAUUUUGGCUGAUAUUUAGCAUAAUGGGAGUGAACCUGUUUGCCGGCAAAUUUUAUUACUGUGUUAAUACUACAUCCGGUGUCAUGUUCCCUACAACAGAAGUUGACAACAGCACUGAAUGCGCUCAACUCAGUAACACCACUAAAAAUGCUCGCUGGAGGAAUGUUAAAGUGAACUUUGAUAAUGUUGGAGCAGGAUAUCUUGCUCUACUUCAAGUGGCUACAUUUAAGGGAUGGAUGCCUAUCAUGUAUGCAGCUGUUGAUUCAAGAGGCCUAGAUCAACAACCCAACUAUGAAGACAAUCUUUACAUGUAUAUAUACUUUGUAAUAUUUAUUAUAUUUGGGGUCCUUUUUCACCUUGAACCUCUUUCAUUGGUGUUAUCAUAGAUAACUUCAAUCAGCAGAAAAAAAAGUUAGGAGGACAAGAUAUCUUCAUGACAGAAGAACAGAAGAAGUAUUACAAUGCAAUGAAGAAACUUGGGUCCAAAAAGCCUCAAAAGUCAAUCCCACGACCUAAGAAUUUUUUCCAAGGAAUGGUAUUUGACUUAGUUACAAAAACAAAGCUUUGACAUUUUCAUUAUGUGUCUCAUUUUCCUUAAUAUGGUCACAAUGAUGAUUGAAACUGACGACCAAAGCAAAGACAUGGAGACCAGAUUGUACUGGAUCAAUGUGGUGUUUAUUAUACUUUUCACUGCCGAAUUCCUUCUAAAGUUCAUAUCCCUACGACAAUACUACUUCACCAUUGGAUGGAAUAUAUUUGAUUUAGUUGUUGUUGUGCUUUCUAUUGUAGGUAUGUUUCUGGCAAACAUCAUAGAAAACUAUUUUGUAUCUCCAACCUUAUUUAGAGUUAUAAGACUUGCCAGGAUUGGGAGAAUCCUACGACUUAUAAAAGGAGCCAAGGGAAUUCGCACACUGCUAUUUGCUUUGAUGAUGUCACUUCCUGCCUUAUUUAAUAUUGGUCUUCUGCUCUUCUUAGUGAUGUUCAUUUACGCUAUAUUUGGAAUGUCCAACUUUGCCUAUGUCAAGAAAGAAGGUGGAAUCGAUGACAUGCUUAAUUUUGAAACUUUUGGUAACAGUAUG